UUACCGGGCGCGGCGGCCCCGCGGCGGGUGGUGUUGUGGAGGGUGCAAGAUGCCGCGGUCGUUCUUGGUGAAGAAGCACUUCUCGGCCAGCAAGAAGCCCAACUACAGCGAGCUGGAGAGCCAGGCUGUGCUGGCCGCCCCGCUGCUGUACGAGACGUGCCCGCUGCCCGUCAUCCCCCCGCCCGAGGUGCUCGGCCCCGGUGCCUACUACCCGCGGCUGGUGUGGGAUGCGGGGCUGCUCUCCAGCCUCUUCCCGGGCAGCCCGGGCAGCGAGGCUGCGGGCGGUGCAGCCCCUGCCCUGGACCUGACAACGCUCUCCAGCGAGGAGGAUGAAGGCAAGAGCUCGGGCCCCCCCAGCCCAGCCUCGGCCCCCGCUGCCGCCGAGCGGUUCCGCUGUGCCCAGUGUGCCAAGGCUUACUCCACCUUUGCCGGGCUCUCCAAGCACAAGCAAUUGCACUGUGACGCCCAGGCCAGGAAAUCCUUCAGCUGCAAGUACUGCGAGAAGGAGUACGUGAGCCUGGGGGCUCUCAAGAUGCACAUCCGGAGCCACACGCUGCCCUGCGUCUGCAAGAUGUGCGGGAAAGCCUUCUCCCGGCCCUGGCUGCUGCAGGGACACAUCCGGACACACACCGGUGAAAAGCCCUUUUCCUGUACACACUGCAACCGGGCCUUUGCCGACCGCUCUAAUCUCCGAGCCCACCUGCAGACCCAUUCAGAUGUAAAGAAGUACCAAUGCAAAACCUGCUCCCGGACUUUCUCCCGUAUGUCGCUGCUCCACAAGCACGAGGAGACGGGCUGCUCCGGCUCUCGCUGAGGAUUCUGCUCCCCCAGGCCUGUCUCCACGCCAAUUCCCUCUAUUAUUCCUAGUGUCUGUAGGAGUUAGCUUCCUCCACCGCAGUGCGCGCCGGGCGGGACGCAGCUACUCCGGCCCUCGAGACGCUCACACUCCUCGCUCGGUGCCUCCCGUGCAAUGCGAAGGCCUGAUCCUUCUCCCAUCCCGGCGUCUGAGGGCGCAGGAUUGGACUCUGGUGCAAAGCGAGCGCAUGAAACUCGGGGCGGGGUGUGUGCAGCCCAGACCUCGACCCUCGGCAGGUGGCACCGCGCAGGGCUGGACCUGCACCGUGGCCCCAUCAAACUUUGCCACCGUGUAGCUUGGGGAAGGGGGGGAGGUGGUUUGUUUUUAUUGUUUUUAUUUUUUACCGUAACCACUUGGUAACUUUAAGAACCGAUAUUUUUUUAACGAAGGACGAAGCGUUACCCCACACCCCAGUGUAUAUAUAUGCCGCCUGUAGAAGGUGUAACUAUGCAAUAAUACAGUAUCCCAGUAGUUGUGAAGCAGCUGCUUCUCCCCCAGCACAAUGACAAUUUGCAAUGCCUGCGAGAUUAACAGUGUCCAUAAAAGGCACGGGUAGCCAUUUCAAACACCAACCCUGUUUACAGAGCAGCUAUGCACUCAAGCACCUGUUAAUAUGACUCUUAACAACUGCUUUUCAAGAGAACUGUGACUAAUAGCGGGCACUUGUCAGCCGAUACAAUGGUAGCCUGUCCCAGGGCUGCCCAUCGACAGGUGUGUGCCAAAAGCCCUAUUUAUGGGUAUUGACAGGUGCCUCCUGAAUGCAUCUUUCUUUGGACAUUGUUUUCAUGGAAUCAUUACAAAGAGGAUGUUUACAUUUCAAAGGUACACUGGUAUUUAUAUUUUUGUGCCACAGUUUUGUACUGAUGAAACUUUUUAUAAAAUUAUAUACGGUUUAUUGAUAUUCAA